UUUGUAUUUAGAACAUGUCACGUUUGGAGUCCAAACCAUCCGUAGACCUGCCGCCAUGGCCUGCCGGGACCUCUCCAAGCAGUCACUGUCUGCCGCAGGCCUCCUCACCGCCUUGACCUUCCAAGCAGCUGCUGUGCAGGUCACGGUGCAGGUGCCGGCCUCCUCCCUGGAGCGAUGGCGGCGGAUGUGUCGCGAGGAGCAGCAGGAUGAGGGGAGCCUCCUGAGUGGCCUCAUCACUACUCGCCAGGAGCUCCUGGAUGCAGAGAUCGUUCCAAGACCGGUCGCAACGGGAGUCCCAACGGCCAGCAGUAGCGAAGCUGGUUCUUGUGGGAGGUUUGGCUAUCAGAGCCCCGACGAUGCGAAAGACAUCUUCUCCUUUGCCCGCACUGAGCUGGAUUGCCCUGAGAUCUUCAUGAAAGCUGUGGUGAUCUAUGGACGACACCUUCUUUCUCAAAAGCGGCUUCAUGAAUUUGACAUUCUGCACGAAGUUAUUCGUGCAGAGCCCGGGCAGCCCAUGCUGACAGGGCCGAGCAGGUUCGCCCAGCAAGGUCUGGCUGGUCCUUUUGGUUUCAAUCAUGUUUCGUCUUUGUUCUUGGAGGGGGGGUCAGGAAGACCCUCGCGACCGAGCAGCAUCCAGCAAAUCUGCCCGCCUGAGACAACCACCCCUGCUCUGAUGUGAGAAAGUAGUACAUCUCCAGGC